GGGCGGCAGUGAGGGCGGGCGGGUGUGCGCCGACGGGGCUCUCGCCCCGGAGCCGAGCCGAGCCGUGCCGUGCCGUGCCGUGCCGUGCCGAGCCGAGCCGAGCCCAGCCUAACCCAGCUCCCCGGUGAUGCUCAGCGGCCCCGCCGUUUAACCCCGCUGCCCGCUGCCAUGGCGGCCCCGACCCUCGGGGGGGCGGCGGGGGUCCCGACGGGGCUGCGGGCCGCCGCCUGGCUGCUGGCGUGCGCCGCGCUCUGCCGGGGCCGUGCCGCCGCCUGCCCGCCGCUCUGCGCCUGCAGCGGCACCACGGUGGACUGCCACGGCACGGCCCUGCGCGCCGUGCCCAAGAGCAUCCCCCGCGGCACCGAGCGCCUGGAGCUCAAUGGCAACAACAUCACACGGAUCAACAAGAAUGACUUCGCCGGGCUGAAGCAGCUCCGCGUCCUGCAGCUGAUGGAAAACCAGAUCAGCACGGUGGAGCGUGGGGCAUUCGAUGACAUGAAGGAGCUGGAGCGGCUACGGCUGAAUCGCAACCAGCUGCACACCCUGCCCGAACUUCUCUUCCAGAACAACCAGGCGCUGUCACGACUGGACCUGAGUGAGAACUUCAUCCAGGCCAUCCCCAGGAAAGCUUUCCGUGGGGCCACCGACCUCAAGAACCUGCAACUGGACAAGAACCAGAUCAGCUGCAUCGAGGAUGGGGCUUUCCGCGCCCUGCGGGGGCUGGAGGUCCUGACCCUGAAUAACAACAACAUCACUUCAAUCCCCGUGUCCAGCUUCAACCACAUGCCCAAGCUGCGGACAUUCCGCCUGCACUCCAACCACCUCUUCUGUGACUGCCACCUGGCCUGGCUCUCACAGUGGCUACGCCAGCGCCCCACCAUCGGGCUCUUCACCCAGUGCGCCGCUCCGGCCCAGCUCCGUGGCCUCAACGUGGCCGAGAUCCAGAAGAACGAAUUCAGUUGCUCCGGACAAACGGACCUGGCACGUGCCCAGCUCUGCAGCUUGUCCUCUGGCUCCUGCCCAGCCAUGUGCACUUGCAGCAACGGCAUCGUGGACUGUCGGGGCAAGGGGCUGACAGCCAUCCCCGCCAACCUGCCCGAGACCAUGACGGAGAUACGCCUAGAGCUCAACGGCAUCAAGUCCAUCCCCCCAGGCGCCUUCUCCCCCUACAAGAAGCUGCGGAGGAUAGACCUGAGCAACAACCAGAUCUCAGAGAUCGCCCCCGACGCCUUCCAGGGACUGCGCUCACUGAACUCCCUGGUGCUAUACGGCAACAAGAUCACGGACCUUCCCAAGGGCGUCUUCAGUGGACUGUUCGCCCUGCAGCUGCUGCUCCUCAAUGCCAACAAGAUCAACUGCGUGCGGGCAGACACCUUCCAGGACCUGCAGAACCUCUCGCUGCUCUCGCUCUACGACAACAAGAUCCAGAGCCUGGCCAAGGGCACCUUCACCUCUCUGCGGGCCAUCCAGACCCUGCACCUGGCCCAGAACCCCUUUGUCUGCGACUGCAACCUGAAGUGGCUGGCAGACUUCCUCCGUGCCAACCCCAUCGAGACCAGCGGCGCCCGCUGUGCCAGCCCCCGGCGCCUGGCCAACAAACGCAUCGGCCAGAUCAAGAGCAAGAAGUUUCGCUGCUCGGCCAAAGAGCAGUAUUUCAUCCCAGGGACAGAGGAUUACCAGCUGAGCAGCGAGUGCAACAGCGACGUCAUCUGCCCCCCCAAGUGCCGCUGUGAAUCUGGUGUGGUCGAAUGCUCCAACCUGAAGCUCACCAAGAUCCCAGAGCGCAUCCCGCAGUCCACGGCCGAGCUGCGCCUGAACAACAAUGAAAUCUCCGUCCUGGAGGCCACCGGCAUCUUCAAGAAACUCCCACAUCUGAAAAAGAUCAACCUCAGCAACAACAAGGUGUCUGAGAUCGAGGACGGGGCGUUUGAGGGGGCAUCCUCCGUCAGCGAGUUGCACCUCACUGUCAACCAGCUGGAGUCAGUGCGGAGUGGCAUGUUCAGAGGCCUAGACGGGCUGAGGACCCUGAUGCUGAGGAACAACCGCAUCAGCUGCAUCCACAACGACAGCUUCACAGGGCUGCGCAAUGUCCGCCUGCUCUCCCUCUACGACAACCAGAUCAGCACCAUCGCACCGGGUGCUUUUGACACACUUCAGUCCCUCUCCACGCUGAACCUGCUUGCCAACCCCUUCAACUGCAACUGCCAGCUGGCCUGGCUGGGGGACUGGCUGCGCAAGAGGAAGAUUGUGACGGGGAACCCGCGGUGCCAAAACCCCGACUUCCUCCGGCAGAUUCCACUCCAGGACGUGGCUUUCCCCGACUUCAGGUGUGAGGAAGGUCAGGAGGAGACCAGCUGCAUCCCCCGGCCCCAGUGCCCACAGGAGUGUACCUGCCUCGACACUGUCGUCCGCUGCAGCAACAAGCACCUCAAGGCCCUGCCCAAGGGGAUCCCCAAGAAUGUCACAGAGCUCUACCUGGAUGGAAACCAGUUCACUCAGGUCCCGGGGCAGCUCUCCACCUUCAAGUACCUGCAGCUUGUUGAUCUGAGCAACAACAAGAUCAGCUCCCUGAGCAACUCCUCCUUCACCAACAUGAGCCAGCUCACCACCCUGAUCCUCAGCUACAACUCCCUGCAGUGCAUCCCGCCGCUGGCCUUCGAGGGCCUCCGCUCCCUCCGGCUGCUGUCUCUCCAUGGCAACGACAUCUCCAGCCUCCCCGAGGGCAUCUUUGCAGACGUCACCUCUCUGUCCCACCUAGCCAUCGGGGCCAACCCCCUGUACUGCAGCUGCAACCUGCGCUGGCUCUCCAGCUGGGUCAAGACAGGGUACAAGGAGCCAGGCAUCGCCCGCUGUGCUGGGCCCCCUGACAUGGAAGGCAAGCUGCUGCUCACCACCCCUGCCAAGAAGUUUGAGUGCCAAGGUCCGCCUGCCCUGAGUGUCCAGGCCAAGUGCAACCCCUGCCUCUCCAGCCCCUGCCAGAACCAGGGCACUUGCCACAAUGACCCCCUCGGCUUCUACCGCUGCACCUGUCCCAGCGGCUACAAGGGCAGGGACUGCGAGGUGGCGCUCAGCACCUGCUCCUCCAACCCCUGCGCCAACGGGGGGACCUGCCAGCCCCAGGAGGGGGAAGGAGCUGGCUUCAGGUGCCUGUGCCCGGUGGGCUUCGGGGGCCCGAGCUGCCGCAGCACCAGUGACCCCUGCAAGGAGCACAGCUGUGAGAACGGGGGCUCCUGUGUGCCCAGUGCCACCAACUACACCUGCCUGUGCCCUGCCCACUACACAGGGGAUUUCUGUGAGCAGCCACCGGAUUUCUGCUCAGCUGAGCUCAGCCCAUGCCAGCACGGCUCCACCUGCAUCUCCACCAGCCAGGGGCCCAGGUGUGAGUGUGUGCCCGGCUACGUGGGGAGCAACUGCAGUGAGGACUUCGACGACUGCCAGGACCACCGGUGCCAGAACAAUGCCCGCUGCCUGGACGAGGUGAACGGCUACUCCUGCCUCUGCACCGAGGGCUACAGUGGCCAGCUCUGCGAGAUGCCACCCCGUGCCGCUGGCCAGCCUGGCCUCUGCGAGCGAGCCGAGUGCCAGAAUGGAGCCCCAUGCGUGGAGCGGGGCACCCGUGCCCUCUGCCAGUGCCUGCCCGGCUUUGGCGGCCCCAAGUGCGAGAAGCUACUGAGCGUCAACUUCGUGGACCGUGACACAUACCUGCAGUUCACUGACCUGCAGGACUGGCCCCGGGCCAACAUCACCCUGCAGGUCUCCACGGCUGAAGGCAACGGCAUCCUGCUCUACAACGGUGACAGUGACCACAUGGCCGUGGAGCUGUACCAGGGCCAUGUCAGGGUCAGCUACGACCCUGGCACCCACCCCAGCUCGGCCAUCUACAGCGCCGAGACCAUCAAUGAUGGGCAGUUCCACACAGUGGAGCUGGUGACCUUUGACCAGAUGGUGAACCUCUCCAUCGAUGGCGGCAGCCCCAUGACCAUGGACAACUCGGGCAAGCACUACACGCUGAACAGCGAGGCCCCUCUCUACGUGGGAGGGAUGCCCGUGGACGUCAACUCAGCCGCCUUCCGCCUCUGGCAGCUCCUCAAUGGCACCAGCUUCCACGGGUGCAUCCGCAACCUCUACAUCAACAACGAGCUGCAGGACUUCACCAAGACACGGAUGACGCCAGGGGUGGUGCCGGGCUGUGAGCCCUGCCGCAAGCUCUACUGCCUACAUGGCAUCUGCCAGCCUGCCGGCGCCCAGGGUCCCGUCUGCCACUGCGAGCCUGGCUGGGACGGGCCCCACUGCGACCAGCCCCGUGACGGCCCCUGCCAGGGGCACAAGUGCGUGCAUGGGCUGUGCCUGCCCCUCGACGCCCUCUCCUACAGCUGCCAGUGCCGUGAGGGCUACGAGGGCGCCCUCUGCAACCAGCCCGCCGAGCCACCCGACCCCUGCCACCGGCGGCCCUGCGUCCACGGCCACUGCCGCCUCACCCCGGGUGGCCAGCCCAUCUGCGAGUGUCACAGUGGCUAUGCCGGAGCCCUCUGCGACCAAGAGCCGGAGUGCCGCGGGGAGCCGGUGCGGGACUACCACCAGGUGCAACGGGGCUACGCCAUCUGCCAGACGACGCGGCCAGUGGCUUGGGUGGAAUGCCGGGGGUCCUGCGGCGGCCCCAGCGCUGGCUGCUGCACCGAGCUACGGCUCAGACGCAGGAAGUAUGCCUUCGAGUGCAGCAAUGGUGCGACUUUCGUGGAGGAGGUGGAGAAGCCCAGCAAGUGCGGCUGCAGCCAGUGCCUGUGAGCGGCCACCGGCCCCGGAGAGGCGGGGAGCCGGUGGGGAGCCCCCCUCGGAGCCAAGGACCUCGCUUUGCCCUGCAGCCACAGUGCUGCUGUCCGGGUGUUCCCGAACUGCAGCUGCAUUGGAGGAGCCCGGCAGAGGGUAGAGCUGUUGCAUCUAGAGGGUUGGGAGGGAAAAAAAAACAAAACAGAAAAAAAAAAAAAAACAACCCCACAAACAAAGCAAAUGUGUAGAUAGAGAACUUUUUUAAGAACUGCAGCUACACAGAUGUGUGGAUAUGGGGUGGGCGCUCUGCCCAGCUGCUCCCUCUCUGCUCCCUGUGGUGCUCUGCCUUCACCUCGGUGCAGCCCCGGAGGGCAGUGCCGGUGUCCCCAUGCGUGUCCCCUCCCUGGCAGCCCCAUCCCUUGCAUCCAGCUGGGCGAGCCGGGAGCUUUUCCAACACCUGGGGCCGGAGCAGAGGGGCCUAAUGUGGCAGAGCCUCGCGGGCCGUGGCAAGCUGGGGUUGGCAGAAGGCUGCACAGCCUGGCGAGCCCAGAGCCCGGCUCCCUGUCAUCUCCUCCGGCAGCCCUGGCCUCCCUGCUGAGGACCUUCCAUUGCCCUGAUGGCAGCUGCAGUGAGCAGCUCCCUGGUGCCAUGGCCAGGGUGCUGGAGCCCAGAGCACCCGAAAUAAUGUCACCAGCUCCAUGGCCACAGCCUGACCCACCAGUAGCACCCCUGGGCUGUGCUUGCCGAAUGGGCUCUGGGGUGCACGGGGCAUGGCUCCAGCCCAGUGUGGUGGUGUUGAGGCCAUGCUGGGUGGACCAGGACCAGGGUGGUCCCAGGAGCACUGAGUGGGUCAUGGGCAGUGGGGUACAGAUGUCUGUGGGGGUACCAGCACUCCAUGGUCCAGUACUGUGUCGUUAAUGCAGAGGUCCUGAAUGCCCCCAGCCCAGCCAGGUGGCUCUGCUCAGAGGUGGGAGCCAUACGGGGUGGCAUGGGAACCCCUUUCCUCCAGGCUCAGCCCUGGGGAGAGCUCUGCAGCUGAAUAGAGGUGCCCCAUGUCCCCCCGCACAGCGAGCUGGGCAGGAGGCUGCUGGGACAGCCAGGGUGUGGGCUUGCUGUGCCCAGUGCCGGGGCUUCAGCCUUGUGGGUGCUGGGGCCGGCUGAAGAUGCCCAAGCCUGGAGCCAACACCACUGCCAGGACAGGUUCCACCAGCUCCUGGACUUGGGUGCUGGUGCCUGGGCAGCACCCCUCAAAGCCCACACUGGAUGUGCUGUGCUGGUGUGGGAGCAGGGGCAGCACCGGUGCAGCAUAGGGAGCCCGUGCUGGUGUCACAUGCACCCGACCUCUGCAGCAUCGCUUCUACGCCCACGGGGACCAAGGAUGGUGGGGGCCUGACCUGGGACACCGCACGCAGCUGGACAGUGCAUAACCACUUGGGCCGACAAACUCAUCCCAGGGCUGCAGCCCCCGGUUCCUCCAUCUCACUGCUCCAGCACAUCGGCUUCAGGUCUGCGCCACCGGCUGCAGCCAGGCUCCGGGCAUCUCCACCGGGUACAGCCAGCUUCGUGGGUGCCAUCACCAUCCCUGCUCACCACCGGCAUCCGGGACAUUCCCACCACCAUGGGGAUGUGUUUCUGCCACAAGCACCCUCUCCACAGGAGCCCCCUCUGCCGCACAGAGGAGCCGGGAUGUGUCUCAUUUUGCCCGUGGCCCGGCCAGGGCUUGGUUGUGUUGUGUUUCUGUUCUUGCUGUAAGCUAACCGCUAAAGUAUCUCUUUAUACAGAAUACUUACAGAUUCUAAUAUAUAUUUGUAUUUCAUUUUGUUAUAGUAUUUUUAUAUGUUCGGGGUCAACAAAUGAUGUUUUCUUUUUGUUUACAGAUGCUACUGGGCAGGAAAAUGACGGUGGCUUUGUUUGGCCCGUGGGGUUUGUGUGUGUCACUGUUGAAGACGCUGGUUUGUACUAGGCUGGCGAGGGAGGUGCUCAGCAUCCUUCCGCUGGCAGAGGCUGUAUUGUUUUAGGAGAUGUUUGGUAUUGUCUAUGUUGUCUUCCAUGUGAACAUGACAUUUAUUCAUUCA